GAUAAAAGCGCGGCCGGCCGGGGGUGCCCGAGGCCUCGGGUCGGAUCGCAUUGCUGUCCUUCGUCCGGUGCUCCUCCGCGCAGACCAUGGCCGUGCUCCCACGCGCCCCGCUGCUCCUGCUGGCCGCGCUGGCCCUGGGCCUGGCCGCGAGCCCCGCGGCCGCCGCGAGCGCCGGCAAGCGCCAGCUGGUGGGCGGCAUCUCGGAGGCGGACAUCAGCGAGCAGGGCGUGCAGCAGGCGCUCGACUUCGCGCUCAGCGAGUACAACAAGGCCAGCAACGACGCCUUCCACAGCCGCGCGCUGCGCGUCGUGCGCGCCCGCAAGCAGGUCGUGGCUGGGCUGAACUACUUCUUGGACGUGGAGAUCGGCCGAACCAGAUGCACCAAGUCUCAGCCCAACCUGGCCACCUGCCCCUUCCACGACCCACCGAGGAAAACAGUCUGCUCUUUCCAGAUAUACACUGUGCCCUGGAUGGGCACAAUGUCUGUGGUGAAGUCCAGCUGCCACGAGGCGUAGAGGACUGUGUGACAGGCCCGGCCACACUGCCUCUCACUCGCACCCCGCCUUGUAGAGCUCCUAAGCUUAGAUGAGUGACCACAUCCUGCUGGAAGUCCCCUCAGUGUCCCAGCCUCAGGAGACACACAGAGAAGGCUUCUCGGGUAUUGUUUGUACAGCUAAGUGGCUCCAACUCACUUCUGUCUUCUGAUUGCUUUCCAAAUGCAGCAGUACGUAGUGCGCAUGUUCUGCUCCUCUCUCACUUAAUAAAAAAGUAACAUCAGCUA